CCCGGUGGCAUGCGGAACAACCAGGAAGUCGCUAGUGAAAACAUUUCCGUGCGUCAUGAUCUGAGAAUGCUUGUAUAUAAGGAUGUCUGUUGAAAGCCAAGAGAACCGGACAGUGGAGGUACUGGGGGUACCUGAGGAGGUGGAGGAUGAGCUCCUGUAUUUGUACUUUGAGAACAAGCGUCGUUCUGGAGGAGGUAGUCUGGUGUCUGUGGAGCUGGAAGGGAGCCGGGCCAUAUUACUGUUUGAAGAGGCAGAGGUUGCAGCAAGGGUCCUGUCUAAAGGACCCCAUGUCCUGCACAACGCUGAGUUGACCGUGAGGAAGCCUGCGUGUAAGGAUCCAUGGAGACUGUUGCUGCGGGGGGUUAACCCAACCACCAGUCAGGAGCUGGUGGAGCUGUAUGUAGAGAACAUGAUGGGAAUGGACAUAGACGAUUACACUCUGUACCCCUCACCUGGCAGGGACCUGGUCCUAGUACACUUCCGUCAGGCCUUCAAUAAAGACUUCCAGAAGCUUUUCACAAAGAUUUCUAAGAAGCCUCUGGAUGGAGUGCAGAUUGUUCUGGAACAGAUAGAUCAGACUGAUUCCAUCUUAGUGGAGAACCUGCACCCCAGCAUCACAGCAGACAUGCUCAAUCUGUACCUGGAGAGCCAACGGGGUGGGGGCGGUGGAGUUAAGGAAGUCGCCAUGAUCUCAGAAGGGGUUGCCAGGGUCUCCUUCCUGGACUUUGACUCAGUGGAACGUGUCCUUAAACAAUCACACAAACUCGAGAAGACGGAUCUGAUGGUCAGGCCUUACUUCUCCUUCCUCCAAUCAGAGGACUCCUCCUCACCUCUGACCGUUCCCCUGACCUCUCUGAAUGGAACAUCCGAUAGUAACACAACGAACACACCGAAGACAGACAGUGGUGGGCAAUCGCAGACUCGUUCUCUCCCUGCAGCCAGUACCAGUGACCAUUCUCAGUCCUCCCAUCAGGUUACCUCUGAGCCCCUGGUCCCCCUGCUGUCCCACCCUGUGUCCCAGGCAACAGCAGCCCAGGGAGGCAUGGAGGACCUAACAUCGAUCCCAGAGCUCAUGUCGAGCCACAUCUCCGUCCCUGACCCAGUGAAACUAGCGCUGCUCCAGCUCAGUCCCCUGUUCCAGAGCCUUCAGCUGGCCCACCCAGCUUGUAGCGUCCAGGUCAGGGAAGACGGGGUCCACAUGGCCGGGUCUGACCGGCUGGGGCUGGAGCAGCUGAAGAACGCUAUUUUGGAGUUUCUUGGGGGUGUGGCCCAGGCUCAUCUCACCUUUGACCUCGAGAAGGCCCACUUCCUGGCCAAACAGGAAGUGAAAGACAAGCUGCUGCAGACGUUGAAGGACAAGGGACUGCCGUCCAUGUACACAGUGUCGGACUGCGUUGUUGUGGUAACAUCUCUGUCUUUCAGCUUGGUGAGCCAGGCGUGUAGCUUACUGAAGACCCUGCUGUCUGACUUCAGUAUCCCCGUGGACAGAGAGUAUGAGUGUAUGCUGUAUGCCCAGGAGUGGACUGGCUUCCUCCAGUCUCUGGGUUUCUGCUCUGCUAAGGUGUCAGAGAGGGGACAGAUAGAUGUCCUGACUCUGAGAGGGUUGGAGGAGGAGAAGCAGGCUAAGAUAGUGGAGUUCCUCAGUACACCCAUUGAAACAGAGGCUAUCAUCUCUAUGGAGCCAGGCAUGUUGAAGUACAUCCAGACCCAUCAUCAUCAGCUACUAGCUGAUAUGGACCAGGUGUCUAUCUUCCCUCUGGACGCACAUGGCAUCUGUGGGCUCCGAAUCCACGGCAACGCAGGGGCGUGUCAAAUGGCUGAUGAGGUUCUGAGGGGCGUGGUGUCGUCCAUCGUUACCAGAACCAUCACAGUGAACGAACCGGGCGUGGCGCGGUUCCUCAUCCAGGAGGGAGAGGGGACCAGCAUCCUCAGGGAGAUGCAGGCCAAGUUCCAGGUCUACAUCAACAUGGAGAAGGUGCACUGGGAACCCCUGGAGAACGAGGACAUCUUUGAGUCUGCAUGGAAUAUGACGUCCCAUCAGAGCUUUCAGAGAAGGUCCUCAGAUGGUUCCUUACAGGCUUCCACAUCAGUUCUGACUCAUACUAACCAGACUUCCAAUGACCUCUCAGCUCCAGACAUAGGUCUUCUAGAUGAGGCAAAGAGGCUGUUCUCAGCCAUAGAUGAGAUGGUGGACUCUGGCCUUUCUAGUCUGACCAGAACCACUGACAUUGAGGAGGAUCUGUACACGGCCGGGGAACCCAUUGCCCUCAGCACCGACCAGGGCCCAGACAGAGACAGCACUGAUGUGGAGGAGCAGGCUACAGAGCCGCUAGUGGAGGGAAGGGGUAGUGAUGAUGAGGGUGCUCUUGCUCCUCUGGUUGCCCAGGAUGGAGGGCUGUCCUGGGCCACUCAACUCUCCUCUACCCUGGAUGAGGAGGCCCAGAUGUCCCUGGCCAUCCAGUACUCCAUGGAGACCACAAAGAGGUCCCUGACCGAGGAGGAGGAGCUGCAGAAGGUUCUGGAGCUGUCCAAGAAGAUGACGAAGAUGACUCGGCAUGAUGGUGGUGCCAUGACUACCUCUUCCCUCCCUGCUGCUGGCUUGCACCUCGAUCAGGCUGUCCAGGUGUCUCUGCAGGAGGCCAUCCAGUCAGCCAACACAGCAACAAUCUUUGUGUUCGCUGGCUACAGUUGUGACCUGAUCAGAGUGGACAUUGCCCUGAACAAGAAGGUCACUCUGAGGAAGCAUGAGGAGAAGCUAGAGCACCGCAGCCUGAGGAUCCUGUCUCAGUACCACAGGUGGUGUCUGGACUUCAUCAAGAGGAAACAUGCCGUGGAGGUCACCAUCCAGGGAACCACGGCAACCAUCUCCGGGUUCAAAGACUUUGUUACCGGGGCGAUGCCGGACAUGAAGCUCCUGCUGAGGAGGAUAUCCACGACGACGUCAGACGCCGACAUCCUGCGGACGGUGCAAUGGCUGUGGCACGACCCAGCAUCGUCAGGGACAGAGACCGCGUACGCUCCGGAGACGACAGUGUUUAUGGAGAACGCCUGGAAGAUGAGGCAGAAAAAGAUCGACAUCCUGCUCAACAACCUGCCGCACAUCAUCAACUUUGAGAAGAUGCAGGAGUACAACGUGGCCUCUGGGAAGUCAGUAACCAUCUCCAGGAAGAUGCUGAGCUCAGAAGACUUGUACUCAGACAUACAAGAUGAGGACUACAGUCUACUGUCCAACCUGCCUGAAACGUCCAGAGUGAAUGAGGAUUCUGAUGAGUUUCAGGAUGUUGUGAAAGACUUCUACGACUCCAUACAUGAGUACCACAACAGAAUCAAAAUCAUUAAGGUUGAGAAGCUGAUGAAUAGGCUCCUUUACAACCAGUAUAGACUGAAGAAGGCUAGUAUAAAUCAGAGUGCCACUGACCCAGAAGUGGAGCGUACGCUGUACCACGGCACAAGUGAGACCAGCGUGAAAGAGAUCUGCGUUCAUGGCUUCAACAGAAGCUUCUGUGGAAAGAAUGCCACUGUUUAUGGUCAGGGGGUCUACUUUGCUCUGAACUCAGCCCUGUCUGUCCAGGAUCAGUAUUCUCCCCCCAACGCAGACGGACACAAGUUUGUGUUUGUGACCAAGGUGCUUACUGGGGACUACACUCAGGGCAGUCACUCCAUGAAGACAGCUCCUCUGAAGGAGAGCUCUGAGAUACCCCUCAGAUACGACAGCGUGGCAGAUAAGAUGGACAACCCCUCUCUGUUUGUGAUCUUCAACGACACACAGGCUUACCCUGAGUAUCUCAUCACAUGUCAGAAGAUUAAUUGCUGAGGGAGGGAAGGCGUGGGAUAGGUUAUCCCAUAAAAAGCACGAACUCUGUUUCGGCAUCGUGUUUUUACAUUUUUCCCGAUUGGGAAGAGGAUUCAUGGGAAUUCUAUUUGAAAAAUACUGUGCAUUGUGUUUCUUUAAUCAUGCAUCUUAAUUUAGUUUUUGUAACUUGUUUACGCCGCUGCUCUUUAUUUAUGAGACAAUAUAGCCUUCUUCUACAGUAUAAUGAUUACAAAUACUCAAUUAUCCAUAACAAUAAUGAUUGCAAAGUGCUCAUUCUGGGGCGGCAGCGUAGCCUAGUGGAGAGCGUUGGACUAGUAACCGGAAGGUUGCAAGUUCAAAACCCCGAGCUGACAAGGUACAAAUCUGUCAUUCUGCCCCUGAACAGGCAGUUAACCCACUGUUCAUAGGCCAUCAUUGAAAAUAAGAAUUUGUUCUUAACUGACUUGCCUAGGUUAAAAAAUAAAAUAAUUCACAGUGCAAUUGAAUCAUGAAUUAGUCAAAUGCAAUGUUCUCAACUAAAACCGUAUACUUAAUUGUAUAGUUUGAUAUUUUAUAAUCCAUGUAACACCCCUCCAAUGGUAUUACAUGUUAUUUUACCUGUGGAAUGCGGAUUAGACCCCACGGUUGUAUAAGUGCAUUUAACUGGUAAUGUGUCUUGAAGAGCCAAACAUUGACCCUACUUAUUAUGUUGCCUUACUUUUAUAUUUAUUCUUUCUGUGUGAUAGAUACCCUAUUUGUCCUUUACAUUUACUUUGGGUAAAAAGGUGGCGUUAAUUGGAUUUAUGUUCAAUAAAACUCUUGUCCUGUC